AUGUCGAUGCAGGGUGCCAGCUUAAACACCAAAAGAAAAAGUAAGAGCAGCAAUGAAAAUGGAGGAUUUUCGUCAUCAAAAGUGAGCUGUUUUUCUUUUUUUUUCUUUGUUUCUUCUAUUUUUACUUUCCUUCCUUCUUUCUUUCUUUCUUCUAUUUCUCCUUUUUUCUUUCUUUCUUUCUUCUAUUUCUCCUUUUUUCUUUCUUUCUUCUAUUUCUCCUUUUUUCUUUCUUUCUUCUAUUUCGCCUUUUUUCUUUCUUUCUUCUAUUUCGCCUUUUUUUUUUCUUUCUUCUAUUUUUUCCUUUUUUCUUUCUUUUUUCUUUUUUCUUUUUUUUUUUUUUUUCUUUCUUCUAUUUCGCCUUUUUUUUUUCUUUCUUCUAUUUCUCCUUUUUUUUUUCUUUCUUCUAUUUCUCCUUUUUUUUUUCUUUCUUCUAUUUCUCCUUUUUUUUUUCUUUCUUUUAUUUCUCCUUUUUUUUUUCUUUCUUUUAUUUCUCCUUCUUUCUUUCUUUCUUUUAUUUCUCCUUCUUUCUUUCUUUCUUUUAUUUCUCCUUCUUUCUUUCUUUCUUCUAUUUCUCCUUUUUUCUUUCUUUCUUUCUUUCUUUCUUUCUUUUUUUUUUCUUUCUCCUUUUUUCUUUCUUUCUUUUAUUUCUCCUUUUUUCUUUCUUUCUUUUAUUUCUCCUUUUUUCUUUCUUUCUUUUAUUUCUCCUUUUUUCUUUCUUUCUUUUAUUUCGCCUUUUUUCUUUCUUUCUUUUAUUUCUCCUUUUUUCUUUCUUUCUUUUAUUUCUCCUUUUUUCUUUCUUUCUUUUAUUUCUCCUUUUUUCUUUCUUUCUUUUAUUUCUCCUUUUUUCUUUCUUUCUUCUAUUUCUUGUUUAUCUCAGAUUGGGAGGAGCUUUUGCCCCCACAACCUUUGCAACCAGGUUACCAAACUUGCUGUCACAAUUACUUCAAAGUUUCAAAUCGAAAUUCUUGGACCCAUAUACGUUUCUCGAUAUUCCCAGGUGGUGGAGUUGCUCGUUUACGCAUCUAUGGGCAUCCGAUUGCAGACUCAUCUUUAAUAUCCAAUGAUUCUUUAACAGAUUUGUUGUUACUGCAGAAUGGUGGAAUCUGUGUUUGUUCCAGUUGUCCUGAGAUGAUCUGCCUCGCAUCAAAUAUUAAUUAUGACAAUCAACAAAGGGUAAUUAGCAACACCUGGAUGAGACCUGAGGAUAAUCGUUUGCUUCCAGUUUUGGAUCUGGAAAACCUCAAAGACACUGAAAUGCAAGUCUUUUGGGCUGUGUACAGACUGGGUCAUGCCGGAAUUGUUAAAAAGAUAAAAAUAGAAACUGGAAGGUUUGACUGCAAAUAUCUUUCCUUUUGUCGACUUGAAGCCUGUUCGGUGAACCCCAAGCCAAAUAUGGAUGAUAAUGGGUUUGAAGAAGAAGCAAACACCUACCCUUGGUACACCUUGUUACCGCUAACUGGUUUGCUCCCGUGUACGCAGUCAUAUUUUGAAAUCACUCCACCCAGACAUGGAGGAGUGGUCACUCACAUACGCCUCUCUGUUGGCCUAGCAGCACCAACACCUGUGAAGCACACGUUGUUACAAUCGACUUUGAAACGUCUGUACAUCUGGGGCUACAAGUGUAUACCUUCUUUUCCCAAGUUAUAG